CUCAAAUCAAUUUUGGGCGAGAGACGGAGCUACACAGCUACUUCUAGUACAACUACAACUAAGUAGUCAGUUCUAGUACUUUUAUUCUCAAUAUCAAACCUGGUGACAGGAAAAAUUACACCACUAUCACAUACAGACAAGCUACUAUCGUUUCUUGCAUCUUUGUGCAUUUUUGACGGGUUAGUUUCCCUUUUCUGUGUCAUUAACCUGCUUUUUAUUCUUUCGCACCCCCACAAGAACAUCAACAAGUCUGAAUCGCCAAUCGUGGUCCACCCAGACUCCAUCGUUUUUUCUGCGUGCUUGCUUUCUCCGCGACUUGUUCGAACAUUUGGUAGACGUGCUUUUUUCCCACGUGAGACGACCAACCAGCAUGACGGUGUCAACGAGAAUUAUUCUCUCGUGCGCGACAGCAGCCCUUCCAGCGUUUGCUGUACGCACACCAACAGUGGCUGCCGAUCAGGAUGUUCCCGCCUCGGAGGUACAACUACAGUCCUUGAAGACGAACCAAGAAUCUUAAAAUGAAGACGGUCCUUGAAGACGAACUAUCGUAACCAAGAGUAGCUGGUGCUCGUAACCUCUAGCACUACUAGGAGGAUCACACGAUUACAUUUACAGGCACAAGAAUUACUAAUACUAUUACUAGCGAGAAGGUACUAAGAAGUAGAAGUUACCCAUUGAAGAACGAGGCGGAUUUUAUACAUUCGCUCACAGUGACUACAACAUUUCUAUCGUUCCUCGUCCUUGUUUACAUUUUGACUUUGAGUAUGAAUACAGUAGUGGAAUUUUUGUUGGACAGGACCUGAAGCAAGUGAGGUAGACCGACGUUGUAGCUAGGUGAUGCCAGUCCAGUAUUUUUCGACUUUUUCUAUCUUAAUUAGAAGUAUUCAUCUUUCUUGUCGUUGACCUUACCUAGGGGACCCAUCAUCCUCGGAGGCGAGCAGGUGUCAAUGGGGCUCGUUGUGCAGGAUCCACAACCUAACCUAACGCUAACCUGAUAGUAUUUUUCGACUUUUUCUAUCUUAAUGUUAAUUAGAAGUAUUCAUCUUAACAUAAUGCAUGGUAGAAGUAUGCAUCUUAACAUUUUUACAGGCUCCUCCUGCUGCGGAGCAGACGUGGAUUUUGAUGGAUCAUCCGGCCGUUAAGGAGGAGAAGGACGACCACGCAGGAUCUCAAGAUGACGCAGACGCGGUUGGGGUACAUGGUUGGGGUACAUGGAACGUGGUAGAAUUAAGGGUAGGUUUAAGGUGCUUUUGAUGCCGUUUGUUAUGGCUCUCUCCCUUAGGUGGGGACAGCCAUAACAAGCGGGAGAACCCACGAACACCAAAAGCCUACCUCUAAUAGAACCUGGCUACAACGCAAUCUCGAACGUCGCGGAGACGGCAGCAACCUCAUCGCAAAACGACGAUGAAGAUGUCGAAAUGCUUGAAGUGGAUGCUGACCCCUCUGUUUCUAGUUCUUCUCCUACUCCAGGCGGAGGCACUCAGCAAGAGGAGCAAGAGUCUGCAGAUGAAUCAACUGCAAGACUGCAACCUUUCCGACGACCAUCUUCCGAAUCUGAUGCAAAGGCAACAAGAACGUCGAAGAAGGCGUCCUCGGGUGCGAUGGAAUUUCCAGUUCCAGCUAAAAAGCGGACCCUGACCAUGUUGCCUGCCGCAGCAAAAUUUCCGCGACGAUCGAGUUCGAAACAUCUUAUGAGAACAAGAUUAUCAUUAUGUUUUAUUAUGCAUUAUUUUUGGUGUUCUAGUUGAGUUCUUCCCACCGAUUAUUGAUUUUGUGUCGUCCUCGUCCCCCCACGACGAGUGUUUUUUUACUUGACCAGCACGAGGAUCCUUCUCUUUCAUAUUUGAACAAAAGCAACGCGCUGAGCUUGCUGCGGAGCUUAACACUGGCUCCCCGGUCGAUCCGGCACUGUUUUCGGACGACAGUCGGUCGGGCGAACUCUUCAGCCUCAUCUUCGGAGAACAACUGAACUGUGAAGACCCAGAACAGCUAGGACCGCAUGAAACCGCCUUUGUCCAUGACCUCUUUGGUUGCGAUGCACAACCUCGGAUCCUCUCCGGUCCACAACUACCUCUUGCAACCGCCACUACUUCUACCGUUGACUCCUCGUCUUCUUCUCGCGCCAACCGUCGCCAGCGUGCGCGUAAGAAUAAGAAGAUGAGUGGAGCAGGUGGUAACAAGAUUCUGGUUCAGCUUCCGUUAAAAAUGUCCGCUGCUGGGGAUAGCGGGAAGGAAGAAGAUCUGAAGGCAUACGAGGACGACAAGUACGUCACGUCUCACGUCGUGAGAACAGCAUUCAAGGCAUUUUAAGAGCAGGCUUGGCAUCUUGAUGUUCUUGUUCAGUCUACCGUUAAUAUACAUAGGAGUUUUGCCUUUGUUCUGUUUCUUAAGGGGGAAGCGGCGAAGGCACCAUAACCAUACUCACCGUUUAAGAUAACUACGGCAAAAUAACCCUACGACCUCUAAGCAUUGCAAAAAAACAAGGAAGAAAAAUCGCAGGCGAAUUUGGCACUGAAGGACAGCAAAUACAAGAACAUGAAGAAAUCGUCUGCUUGCCAACAAGAACAAGGCGUUGUGACUCCCAGUACCUGUGCUUCGUCCACCGCUGCUAGUCCCGUGGUGACGUUCAAUACAGGACAUCAAUUACGGCUCAAAAUGAUAAUUUCCUAGGUGUCCGUACACAGUUGUAGUGGUCUUCAGGUUCAAGCACUGAGUUCAUUCUCUGCUUCACAGCUUAAAAAUAUCUCCAAGGGUCAUCUUCCUCUGUUUCCUUUUGGGGAGUGUUGCUUCUGAAGAAAUGCCAUUUCUGCAGAAGAUUCGGCAUUUCGUCUGACAUUGGAUGAAGAAGUGGAUUGUUUUGCGCUCUAAAUCGACAGCCUUCCCUUGCAGGAGGACGAGGUCUCCAACAAGGAGAUGUUGCCGGCACUGUGGUGACUAAGACGGCUAAACGCCGAGCCAGAACCAACAAGAAGAAGCUUCUGUUGAAGACUGGUAUCCAAGAACAGCUCCGCGAGGCAGAGGGAAUGGAGAAGGAGGACAAGUUAAGGCUGAGGCUCAUACAUCUUCACAAGAAAAAACUCAAAUACUCUCUCUUCAUGUAGUUCAUGUCCUUUUCCACCUCGAGAGGACCGUCUAGCCCUCUAAUGAAGGAAGUAGCUCCUGAUCAUGUCGUCGAAGAUGACCAACUGAGAAAGGAGGACGAUGAGCAUGAUCAAGAGUUCGAGGACUGGUGGCAAGCAAUUUGGGGAGUCGAGCCUGAGGCAGUACAGAAACUAGAUGAAUCCAACAGUACGGAAUUGCAGGACAUGAAGAAGCGGACGCACGACACGUCCACCCCCAGCAAGGCCAACGAGGUCGGGGACAAUGACUACGACUUUUCGGCUUCGAGGAUGAGGAAUGAUAUCGAAAAUAAAACCUAUCUUCAGCAAGAAGGCGACGGUGGAGGUGAUUAUUUUCGCGCUAUCUUCGAUGCUGCAAUAAAAGGCACUUCUGAACAAAAUGAAGACGAUGGUGCCGACUACUUUCGAGCCAUUUUCGACGAAGCAGAUGAACUUCAACGUGAUGAAGACUCUCAGUCCUCUCUGUCCCAACAAACAGCAACAGCAGAACAUGAUGAUGAUGAUGAAGAUGAGGAUGAUUUUCUUGACCACGAGCAUUUCCAGAGAAUCUUCGAAGAUCAGUGCAGCACUGAACAAAGGAAUCAUGAUGUCGAGGAUUGUGUCGCUGACUAUUUCCAGAUGAUUUUUGCCCCAGAAGAGGAACAGGACGAUCAGGUCCUCACAGAAGAGCAGGAAGAGGCUGCUGGAGCUGCUGGGUACUACUACAAUUAAUAUGCUGAUGUAGUUUAUUAAGUUUAAGACACGAGUAUAUGAUGAUGAUCCGUUGUAUAUGUAUGUUGACUUAAGACAUAAGACUAUCAAAUGAUGUCCGUUGGUUGUGGGACUAGCACUAGCAUUAGGUUUAGGAAACAAACGAUCAUGACAAAAUAAUGGGAGCACCUAUUAUGUACAUGAUCCACCUACUUCUCCUGAGCAGGAAAGCACAGACAGCACGAACGAGAACAAACAUGCAACUAUCUUUGUCAUCCUCAUCGAUUUAUUCACUAUCACGACUAUCUCUAUCUUAAUCGACUUCCGACUUCAACAGGGCUACCAAGCUACUUUUGCACGACCGCGCUUCUCCUGAAGCUGAGGAAGACGAUAUCAUGGGUGGUCUGGAAAAUGCCAUGUCCAAGAUGCAAGUCCGCGUUGACAACAUACCAGUACUUACUUGUGUACACUUGAGACGUCUCUAAGAUUUAGAUCUUGGUAGUGACUCUUACUCACGACCGCCGCUGUCAAUUGUCUGAUAAUUUCAUCCUUACAAAAGUUUUAUCUUUAAAAAUCAAUUUCAAUUACAAAGACAUAUACAAUUUCUUAUUCUACUUCCCGCCCUAUAUGACAAAAAAACAGACUUCUGUGCGCCACUAUAUCUUGCAGACUUUCCAGCGAGGACAGGAGAUGAAGGAGAAGCAGGAAAAGCGACAGCAGCUCCACCAGAACGAUGCUAAUAUUAUGGCUUCCCCUGAUGCAUCUUAUAAAGCAUCUCCGAGACGUUUGCAAGGGGGAAACGGUCUCAGGAUUAUGGCGAGCUCUAAUAAUAGCGAGGAUGGUGACAAGGGUGACCUGCGAUCCGAAUCUGUGUCAGCCCGUCGCGAACGAAAAACGCGGGACCGCUCUCAACGCGAUGCUAACCAAGCUAUGAAGGACGAUCGCGCGCACCGAAUGCACAGGAAGCUGUCCAUGAAACCCUCUUGGAAGCCGAAGCAUGUCACGGAUAAGGGUAAGUAUUUGAACAUGUCAUUGUAGUCACACAUGGUUAAAAGUAUCUUCUAAGUAAGGAUUUCAAUCUCUUUGUAGUUGUUCUCUCUUCUAAUUAUAGAGAGAGAGAGCUCCUGUAUACGUAAAAGUAUAGAGACGAGACGAAUAUCAAUGAAUAUGUUCAUGUAGUUAGGUCAUGAUCAAUCAUUUCGUUCAGGUAAGUUGGAAUUGCACCGGCAGCACGAGCGAGCUCUGGAGAUUGAGGAGGCGUUGCGAGAACAAGAGGCCGAUGCGAAGCUAGUUCCUGAUGUCCCUGCGUCUAUGUUGGAGGGACUGAAGGAAACAAGCACACCGGGAUACGCUAGACACCAAAACGAACAGGAGGAUCAGACGGCUCAUAUUGCCUCUAGUUCUAGUAGUACUACCAAAAAUAUUAAGGGUUUCCACAUUGCAUUCAUCUGCACUUCCAUUCUUGGCCUGUUUUCAAGUAGGAAAUGAGUCAAGGAUGUUCUGAAGAAUGCAAGAAUAGGGAAACCUUUAACAAUACCAUGAAACCAAUAACAACAGCAAAGUCUUCAUCUGCUUCUUCUUCUACGAAAACGAACAGUGCUGCGGUUGGCGGACAAACAAACGACGCCUCAACGUUCACUGCGACUACUACACUCGGCCCUGCUGCACUGAGAUCAUUAAGGCUUAGUAUAAUUCAUCUUGAGAAGCAUCUUUGUUCUUUGUCCACCCCUUUUGUAAAAGGAAAACACGGCUGCAAAGAUGCUUUUCAAGAUGAAUUUUUGUGAGCUCUAAUGAGACGCCGAAGCCACUCGAUCUAUGCUCCUCGCUCCUGGGUACCCAAGGUGAAGGAGCCCCACGGAUCAGGCACACUCUCUUCGGCCAGUGACAGUAUUAUCACUCCACAGUUGACAUUCUUCUAGAAUUACUUAAAAAAAUUGUUUCUCGUCUCUGAUUUUUUUUUUUUUUGAAAUUUCAAAUUCAUCAUCACCUUCACCGCCACUGCAGUUUCUUGUAUCAAUUCGUUCUGCAUCUUCAAACUUGAUGAUCAUAGAACAACACGAUUGGUGCUGUUCAAAGCUAAAAAGCACUAGAUGGUAGGACCUUCAAGCUCUAAAUCCAGUCACCAAGACGACCACCUGCACUCAGGUAGUCCGAGUAAAGCCGACCUUCGAGCGUUAGAGACAGACUCCAAGCGAGGCAAGCGAGAGGCGGCACGCCUUCGUAGUGAAUCUAUAGCAAGCCAGCGUGCGGAGGAUCAGGCACGCCAAAGCCGUAAAGGUCUAUCCAGAUCCGCUUUGCAAGCGCAACGUACUAAGAUUUGUAUUUUCUGUGAUGUGUUGGUGUUGGACAACAUGAUGGACUUAGCUGUUUAUUUGUAGUUGUACGUAGUACACUUAGUAACACUGGGCUGUUGAAGUUCUUUUUCUUAUUCUAUCAUUUUCGUGCUACUGCAAGUACAUGCUCUUCCCGUGUUCGAUGAAUCAACCUGUUGAAACUUUCAUCAUAUUGACCUAUGCAUGUCUCCUACAGAAAAGCAUUUUUUCUUUUGGAAACAUUUAUUUCUCUCAGAUGAAAGUAAAUGGCAGGACUGCUCCCGAAAAGAAACUUUUUUUUAACAAACCACCUUCGCACUUAUUUAUAUAUUUUAACUUUUAGCCUAGUGUUCUUGUGAUGCAUGCUGCCCCUCAAGACUUACUUACUUAUAAGCGCACAAAUAACUUAAACGAUCACGAUGGUACUUCAUGCUAACGAAGUAUCGACGACCUCUACUUACACGAGAUUCUCUUUUUCUCUCAUUUGGCCGACUUUGUACGAACGCGAGCGAAUUCAGCGAACAUUUAUUUUCGAAUUUUAGAUUUUCGUAUUCCUUGACUUUCUAUUUUUUUUGCUUUCUUUCGGCUGCUGUUUGAACAUUUGCAGCAGCCUAGUUUUCCAAUCAUCUCCUUCCACCUGGAGAAAUAAACUAUGCAGUAAUAGCAAGCUCUUCCUGCGCAAAUUUUACAGGCAGCCGUAACUUGCCGGCGUCUCGCAUGCAGCCGGAUUCGACUGCUACGGAGGGCCCCUCCUUAGCUGGCAAGCUGGGACGAAAAUGGAGGGCGAUGCAGUAG